AUGGCGCCCUCGGCGGAGGCUCCGUGGGUCGAGAAGUCCGACGUCGUCGGCAACGAGGAGACGAUCUCGAAGCUGCGGGCCGUCGUCGCCGGCGGGAACAUGCCGAACAUCAUCCUGAGCGGCCCGCCGGGCACGGGGAAGACGACGAGCAUGCUGUGCCUCGCGCGGGAGAUGCUCGGCGCCAACUACAAGGAGGCCGUGCUCGAGAUGAACGCGUCGGACGAGCGCGGGAUCAUGGUCGUCCGCGACAAGAUCAAGAUGUUCGCGAAGAAGAAGGUGAACCUGCCACCGGGGGCCCACAAGCUCGUCAUCCUCGACGAGGCCGACUCCAUGACGGCGGCGGCGCAGCAGGCCAUGCGCCGCACCAUGGAGCUCUUCUCGGGCACGACGCGGUUCGCGCUCGCGUGCAACACGUCCUCGAAGAUCUCCGAGCCCAUCCAGAGCCGCUGCGCGAUCCUGCGCUUCACGCGCCUCAGCGACAAGGAGUUGCUGAAGCGCCUGACCCACGUCUGCGGCGCCGAGGGCGUCGCGGCGACGGACGGCGGCCUCGAGGCGCUCAUCUUCACGGCCGAGGGCGACAUGCGCAACGCGCUCAACAACCUCCAGUCGACGCACAGCGGCUUCGGCGCCGUCGACGAGCAGAGCGUCUUCAAGGUCUGCGACCAGCCCCACCCCCACGUCGCGCGGAAGAUCCUCGACGACUGCGCGAAGCGCGACCUCGACGCGGCCGUCGCGGGCAUCGCGGGCCUCCACGCGACGGGCUACGCCGCCGUCGACAUCGUCGCGACGCUCUUCAAGGUCAUCAAGAUGCACCCCAUGCCCGAGGCCGACCAGCUCAAGUUCAUCAAGGAGAUCGGCUUCGCGCACACGCGCGUCAUCGACGGCUGCGCGACGCUCACGCAGCUCACGGGCCUCGUCGCGCGCCUCACGCAGCUCGACUAA